AGUGACGGACAGGACCGUGACCAGGGUGGAAGGCUGUCGGCCUCUUAGAAAGCCGUGUAGUGGGGCGCGCGCUGGGCAGCAAGGGUAUCCGGGUCCCUCUUACCGCUUGCCUGCACAACUUCAUAGCACGGCCUGUAGAAAUCUAAGGAGAUGGAGUGGGCGAAUGACGGCAAGUCCAAAGGAGGUGUUUUAGCUCACUUGGAAAGAUUAGAGAUUCAAGUGAACAGAUCUCAUAAAAACUUAGAAGAUCCACAGAGAGCACAGGCAGUCGAACAUGCUCUCAGGAUCAAGAUUCAUAAACUGAGACGUCUACGAGAUGAGCUGAGAAGUGAAGUGAAGCGACGUCAAGCCAGAGUUAGAGCAUCUAUUGCUAAUGAAGAGCCUGAUCAAACACAGGAAAUCGGUGAGCAAGAAGUUGCAGAAAGAAGACAGGAAAAUGUGAAAGCUAUUCUGCAGGCAUAUCGUUUUACAGGGCUUAGUGGGAAACUGACCAGCCGAGGGGUCUGUGUCUGCAUCAGCACUGCUUUUGAGGGAAAUCUGCUGGAUUCCUAUUUUAUCGACCUUGUUCUACAGAAGCCACUUUGGAUACAUCACCAUUCAAUUCCAAUCUUCAUUCCCUUGGAGGAGAUAUCUGCAAAAUACCUGCAGACUAAUAUUCAGCGCUUCCUGUUCUGUCUUUGUGAAUACCUAAAUGCUUAUGCUGGAAGGAAGUACCAGGCAGAUCGACUUCAGAGUGACUUUGCAGCCUAUCUCGCUCGGCCCUUGCAGAGAAACCCGCUGUGCAACUUGCUGUCAUUUACUUACAAAGUGGAGCUGCGGGGUCAGUUGUUCCUGUUUUGUGCUAGACUGCUGUAUAAGGACCUCACAACCACCCUCCCAACGGACGUCACCAUUACCUACCCAGAAACGGAUGCAUUACCCCCCUCUUGGGAAGAACAACGAGCAUCUCAUGAAAAUCUGUUUUUUACGAAGCCCUUACAUCAAGCUUUUACUUCAUUUGCAAGAAAAGGAGAGAAGUUGGAUGUGACCCAGGUCUAGGAUACUAUUUUCAUUGGGAACACGUCAAAAGUAAAAGGAAAUAUUGCACUUUCUGCUCUCAUAACUAAGGUGGCAGGGGUUCCAGAAGAACCUUUCAAGAUUACCAGGAACAUCAGCAUGAGGGCCAGGUCACCUAACCUGGACCAUAUGGAGACAAGCAGGUCUCCAGCUUGAAAAGGCUGCUUCCAGGUGAGCGCUGGGGAGCAGAACACUUGCCUGCUCAGCCGCCAAGUCCUCUUCUGAAGUACAGCUUUCCCAUCUCUGCUCCCAGCCUGGAAGCAAAGGCUGCUUUGUUCCACCCCGGACACAUUUCCUACUCACAGUGGCCAUGGCCUCUCUGGGGGAAGGAGGGCUGGUCAGACCCAGGGCUCCGGAAGGAUUGUUCCAGUACUACGCCUAAGACCCCUACUCUCUGAGGAAGCUGCAGGCACACUGAGGAAUAGUAUGGCCAUCCUCAGAGCUCACGUAUCCAUGAACAAAUGAAGGCUUGAGGAGAUUUUUAAA